AGCUGAGGGAUCCGCAAUGUCUGUUGACAGCAGCGGCGGCGCCGCCGGUUCCGGGUUCGGCGCGGGGCGGGGGAUGUGAGUUCGAUGGAGCGGCCCGAGCGAGGCGAGCAGCCGCCGCAGCAGCAGCCCUGGGGGAGGCUCCGCCGCCUGGGCGCGGACGAGGGCGAGCCGCACGUCCUCCUGUGGAAGCGGGAGUGGACCAUCGGGCGGAGGAGAGGUUGUGACCUUUCGUUUCCCAGCAAUAAACUGGUCUCUGGAGACCACUGUAAACUUGUCGUGGAUGAAAAAUCUGGUCAGGUGACACUGGAAGAUACCAGCACCAAUGGAACAGUAAUUAAUAAGCUGAAGGUUGUUAAGAAGCAGACUUGUCCUUUACAGACUGGGGAUGUCAUCUAUUUGGUGUACAGGAAGAAUGAACCAGAACACAAUGUGGCAUACCUGUACGAAUCUUUAAAUGAAAGGCAAGGCAUGACACAGGAAUCCUUUGAAGCUAAUAAAGAAAAUGUGUUCCACAUGACCAAAGAUACCUCAGGUACAGGGCGAGGUGAUGGUGCCCAGGUCCCACCAUCGUCACCCCCAACUCAGGCGUGCUUUGAGGAACCACAGCCAUCAACGUCGACAUCGGACCUCUUCCCCACGGCCUCUACCUCUUCCAUGGAGCCUACUUCUGCAGGGCGAGAGCAUUCCUCCAGUUCCGGGUCCGGAGGUGCAGGCAUCUCCCUGGAAGGAUGUGGUCCAUUUGUGGCAAGCGAUGAAGUCUCCAGGGUGGCUUCAGUCCUCUCAGACAGAGAAGGCGCAUCCUUUUCUUUGCCAGAAUCCCAGGAUCAGGAGGACUUCGAGCCCAUUAAAAAGAAAAUGAAAGGAGAUGAGGAGCUCGACCUGAACCUGCAGCUGUUGGCCGCAGACCAGUGCAGAAACGUUCAGCCUGUCUGUGAGGAUGGCAGAGCUGCAGCCGUGAAGCCAGACAAGAUGGAGGAGACGCUCACGUGCAUCAUCUGCCAGGACCUGCUGCAUGACUGCGUGAGUUUGCAGCCCUGCAUGCACACCUUCUGUGCAGCCUGCUACUCCGGCUGGAUGGAGCGCUCAGCCCUGUGUCCCACCUGCCGCUGUCCCGUGGAGCGGAUCUGUAAAAACCACAUCCUCAACAACCUCGUGGAAGCAUACCUUAUCCAGCACCCAGACAAGAGUCGCAGUGAAGAAGAUGUGCGAAGUAUGGAUGCCAGGAAUAAAAUCACUCAAGACAUGCUGCAGCCCAAAGUCAGGAGGUCCUUCUCUGAUGAGGAAGGCAGUUCGGAGGACCUGCUGGAGCUGUCAGAUGUUGACAGUGAAUCCUCGGACAUUAGUCAGCCAUACAUCGUGUGCAGACAGUGUCCUGAGUACAGAAGGCAGGCGGUGCAGCCCCUUCCCUGCCCGGCACCUGGCACUGAACUGGGGGCCCCACAGGCCAUUGGAGACACACCAUCCACGUCCGCCAGCUUCACCACAGCCCAAGAUUAUGUGUGCCCUCUGCAAGGAAGCCACGCCAUAUGUACCUGCUGCUUCCAGCCCAUGCCCGACCGGAGAGCAGAGCGUGAGCAGGACCCCCGCGUUGCCCCUCAGCAGUGUGCCAUCUGCCUACAGCCCUUUUGCCACCUGUACUGGGGCUGCGCUCGGACUGGCUGCUUCGGCUGCUUGGCCCCGUUCUGUGAACUGAACCUGGGGGACAAGUGUCUGGAUGGGGUGCUGAGCAACAACAACUAUGAGUCAGACAUCCUGAAGAAUUAUCUGGCAGCAAGGGGUUUGACCUGGAAAGAUGUGUUGUCGGAAAGUCUCCUGGCUCUGCAGCGCGGGGUCUUUCUGCUGUCUGGUGUCUGCAUGAGGCCCUGUUUUCCAGAUGACAGGAUCACUGGGGACACUGUGCUGUGUUACUGUUGUGGCCUGCGCAGCUUCAGAGAGCUCACCUAUCAGUAUCGGCAGAACAUUCCUGCUUCUGAAUUGCCAGUGGCCGUAACAUCCCGUCCUGAUUGCUAUUGGGGCCGUAACUGCCGUACACAGGUGAAGGCUCACCACGCCAUGAAAUUCAAUCAUAUCUGUGAACAGACAAGGUUCAAGAACUAAGCAUCAGGAGAGGCGCUGAGAUAGCUGCAGGAUUGGAGCUGCAGUGACAGCUCGUUCUAAAAAAUACUGAAUACAAACACUUGAAGGGCAUUUUUACAGUUCCCCUGAAACGACGCUGGGGGUCUCUGGGCAGGUAUUCUGGUGUGACACUUCCCUCGCUGAGCUUUAUCUCCUGCAAGCGACUGAGAGGCCCUGGUGCCACAGCCGUCCUUCUGGGGAGCUCCAGGCAGGGCCACGAGCAGCAGAGAUGGAGGCGCUUCGUGCUGGGCACAGUCAUCCUCUUUCACUCAAGACGGUGGUAGUGCAGUAGUACAGGUUUGCCCUCGUACCUUGUCCAAAAUCUCUGUUCAGGAAAAGUUCCAUGGGAGCAAGGGGAAGGUUAUCGAAACCGUUCUGUUGAAGGAGAAGGGAGCCUACGUUUACAGCCUGCAGGAUGUACAGAGCAUUCUGCUGUCGGGGAGACCACAGCGAUUUAUAUAUUUUUUAUUUUAAUAGGUUUGGUGCUUAUCUUCUAAUAAGAUUUAAAUAUCACAAACUGUAGCACAAGUAAUAUAAUUUAUAAUUUACAAAUUGACUAAGUUGAGGAGUGGAUGGUAUUUGAAAGAAUAAGCAUAUGUUACUGUUUAUUAAAAAAAAAGUCUUCAAAUGUCCAAAACUGCUAACAUGAGUUGUGGACGCUGAGUUAGCAGCCCCUUGCUCAAGUGUGUCAGUUGAGGCACUGCUGUUUCUCAUGUAGGGCUGGCCCCGGGUCCUGGCUGUGGAGCAGAGGCGAGGGCCGGGAUGCACGGCUGCCUUCUUCCUGAUGGCCACAGCCACAUGCCCGCUUGUCCCUGUGGGGCAUGCCCUUGUCACGGGGACCCCACAGAGCAUGAGAGGGAGCUGGGGCCUUUGCUGCCACAUUAGGUUUGCCAUGUCAUCUGGAAUAAUACUUGAAACUUUGGGUUUUGUUAGGAAAAUCUUUUUAUCUGUCAUUGACAUCACCUGUUAUGUUUGUUUGCAAACUGGUAGCGUUUUUGCUUCUUCUCAGGAAUAACGAUUUUCAGCGAUUGUCUUGCUCUUGAUACAGACUGAGAAGCAGCGCUCUGUAUUUGUGGGAGAAUGUCCUCGUUCUGGAUUCUAAUAAACAAGCUGCGUUUGUUUCU